AACUUCAGUGCAGCGCUUUAAGCUUGAAGCAGACACAAUCAACUUCCAACUACGAACAGGACAGUACGCUAAAACAACAGAUCUAGGUUCUUUGUUUAAGUAGCUGUGGUGAGCCAUGAUGGUGUUUAUUCAUGUUGCUGUGGCUGUGCUCUGUCUUCUUACUGGUGGACACUCAGCUCCUGUUACCAGCUGUGAGGAUCUAAUCAGACCUAUUGAAAUCCAAGGAAGAGACCAGCUGCUGGGCAAGUGGACACUUGUAUCAGAAAGCACAACUGUCCCAGGAUCCAAAAUGCUGACGAAGAUGUUGGUGGAGAGCGCCUGGGUGAAAGUCACUGUCGCUGACGAGAGUGAUGCCCUCAGUGUUUUUCAGGCUCAAAAAAUGUUUGGCCGCUGCUUCACUCUCACAUCUAAGAUGACCUUGAAAAACAGCACUCUCUCUAUGGUGCGACCUGUCACUGCUACUCAGGUCCUACUGAAUACCGGCUGCCCUGACUGCCUUGUUGUCUACUCAAAUUACACCAUUGGAGAAAGCAUAUACAGUGGGCUCCAGUUCACAAGCAGGAGGAGAAAGGUGAGCGCUGCUGAGCUGGAGGAGUUUAAGAAGCAGGUAGACUGUCUGAACUUACCAUCACCCGCCAUCCUGGACCCAGAAAAAGGUUUCUGCCCAGACGAGUCUCCCUCCCAAGAAACAGAGGCCACUGAUCUCACCAACGUCAUGAAUGAAAUGGGCUCUGACACAUUCAGCCUAUUGGAGAGACUUUUCAACAGUACAGAUGCAGUAAAUGCAAUUUUCAGAAUGAUAUCCAGCAGCGUAUCUGGAUUAAAAGAAGAUUAACACUGUACACAAAUGUUAUGACAUGCUUACAUAGGACAUAUCUGUCUAAAGAGAAUUCUGACAAUAAAAAUGAUAUUUGUUUCAGAGUA